GCUCCGUCCGUGUAGGUUGCAAGCCGUCUCUCGCCUCUCCAUCAUGGCGCCGACAAGUCUCCUGGCUCUGCCCGAUGAGCUCCUCCUCAUGAUCUGCCGAGAGUUCUGUCUUCAUUGCACUUGUCCUGAGGAGACAUUCAGAGCCCAUGCACUUAUAGGCGAAUAUGUGGAUGCUCUGUGCUUCCUUAGCCAGACAUGCAAGCGCCUGCGUAAGAUUGCGCAGCCGGUGUUGCACCACGAUGCUCGGCCUCGACAGCUUCCACUCUUCCUACGAACAAUCACUAGGCGACGGGACUUGGCCGCCCAGGUGCGCGCCUUCUGUGACUUGAGCCAUAGUUAUUCCAAAAGAUUUCAAAAUGGGGAUCUCGGCGUGAUCCCGCCCGGCCAGGUCACCGACGAGGAGGAGCGGACAUGGGGAAACGAUCUCGAACGCAUGCGCACGCUGCUGGUGCCGACGUUGAUGCGGCUCCCGGCCGUGGAGGAUCUGGUCGUGGGUGUGACUUUCAGACGUGGGUACAAGUGGGAAACUCUGUUCAACAUGAGAUCCGUCAAGCGUCUGCUUCUGUAUCCCUACAAUUGCCGCCUUGGGUUUGGGAGCCUGGACGCUUUUCUCUCCUUGACGCCCAACCUUGAGAGCUUGGCAUUUAAGGACUGGACUGGGUUAGUCAUGAAGCCUCUGUCUCUCACUCGACUGGCCUCUCUGAAGAUUCACGGGUUCAACUUGACCGCAGCGUCUCUGGAGGCACUGGUGAAGUCGUGUCCGAUACUGGAACGCUUCGAGUUUCGACAAUGGGGGUAUAAUGACGACAACCAGCCGCUAUGGCUCAUCGAGGAGGAAAGGGAACCGCUCACGUGGAGGCAAAUGCAGGAAAUCUUGCAUCCACGGAAAGACACAUUGAAACAUGUCCGUUUCGCCUUUUACCCGCACCUGAACGAGGUCGAAGGCCUACCGUAUAACCCAGCCGACGACAUGGGCAGUUUCCGCGACUUCGAGCGGCUGGAGACACUGCAUGUAUCAGCACUCAGCUUCCGCGGACUUCAACCCACUCAACACGGCUUGCAGUUUUAUGGUUAUCCAGCGACGGUGUCCGAGCUGGUCAGCAUAUUGCCGGAAUCGCUCACUCUGCUUCACUGCGACCGUUGCCACGAGAGGUGGGAUGGGAUGAAAAUGCUGGCCUGCGCUAUUCAACAGGGGCAUUUCCCACGGCUCAAGACGGUGAUUUCAGGAGAAUGGGGGCAAGGAAACACCAGAAUGAUCUCCAUGCAAGUCUUAAGUGACGAAGCUGGGUUUGAGUGUCAUGUUCCAUUACCGCGCGACAUACAAAGCGAUAGUAGCAGGAAAUAUAAACACCCUCCUCUAUCAGCAGUAGUGUAUCAGUCAUUUGAUCCCAGGGGUGAAAGUCCAUUCACUGGAGAAGUUGCCCGAGGGCUGACACGGCCAUGUGCAUGGCUCCUCGCGGGCGCAGACUGGCAGUCUCAGACAAUUCAAACCACCAUGCCGCAGCGGAGAGUUCAGGCAAUGGCCGGACCAAAAGACAGCUGCUCCCGCGGCAGUCGUCACACACCCCAGGCAUCGACGCGUCUCACAGCGCUGCCUGAUGAGUUGCUGCUCAUGAUCUGCCAGCAGUUCUGUCAGCAUUGCACAGAUCCUACAAGGAGUUGGCGCCAUUUUGUCGGUCCACGCCUCCAUGCUCUAUCUCAUCUCAGCAAGACAUGUCGAAAGAUGCGUGACAUCGCACAGCCGGUACUAUAUCACGAUGUCCGUGUCGUGGAGCUCUGGCUCUUCUUGCGCACCAUCAUGGCGCGACCGGACCUGGCUGCCCAAGUACAGUGCUUCCAUCAGUACGACCCGUUCAUGUACUUUAGUUCUGAGGAUAUGGACGAAACGGCUUCUUCGCAGGCUCUUGAAGUGCAGAAACACGACUGGGUGCGCCAGUUUGAGGGUACAGAGGCCCUGGGCGGCGAUGCCGACAUUGAGAGAUGGCUGCUCGACUCGACGUUGGCCCUGCUGACAAGCGCAAAGCAACUGAUCAUUGACAUAUGUUUGAAUGAACGAUACGCAUGGGGAGCCUCGGCCAAGUUUUUAUCCGUCAAGUAUCUCGUCCUCGAUCACGUCACUCGGCUUGGCGACGGUUACUUGAGCGACUUUCUGUCUACGAUGCCGCGCCUCGAGAAGCUGUCCAUCGCAGUCAAGGGGAACAUGCCAGAACGCCUGCCUCUUGCGGAAGUCCGCUGUUUGGAGAUUUGGGGGGAAGAAUUGAGCGAGGCGGCUUUAGGCGCCAUCGUGGGCUCUUGUCCAAGACUCGAACGGUUUGCGUACCACAUGGGGAUGGGGCAAGAAGCCAUUACAUGGAAGCCAGUGCAGCGUACUCUGCGCCAAUGCAGGAAGACGUUGAGACACGUCGAGAUCACCUUUAAGCCAUACUAUUUUGGCGAGAACCGCCACCUGGAGUAUGGCCUGGGUAGCUUCCGCGAUUUUGAUCAACUAGAAUCGCUCUUCAUAAACGCAAAAGGCUUUCACACGGAUGCUCUGAACGAUAGAGUCCCCAUGUUCCCAGCAAGGAUGUCUCAACUGGUUGACUUUCUGCCCGAGUCGGUCCGGCACAUUCGGUUCUAUGGUCUACAACGCAAGUGGGAUGGGAUUGGGAUGCUCACACAGGCAGUCUCGGAGGGUCACUUCCCACGCCUCAAGCUGCUCCAGUUCCGUCGGGAUAGGUGGACUCUGAGUGAAUCAUACAGCAUACUUACUGCUGCCGGCGUGACGUGCGAGAUAUCGACAGAUGCUGCUGUUGAUAUAUUACCCCAGGCUAUUACGGUUCCAUAG